ACAAAUCUACGUAAGCAACUGAUUUCUAGGCUUAAUAUAAUUAAGUAUCUAUCAUCAAAACACUGUUUAACUCACAUUUCUUCUCUCAUCAAUAUAACAAGAGCUUUAAUUUUAUCUAAGAUUGAUUAUGGUCUCCCUAUCUACGGCAAUUGUGCCAAAAGCAACAUAAAGCAAAUCAUGGUGCAAAGAUUGGUUCAUGCAGCUGUUAGAAGAAGUAUUCGGGCAUUCCCAACAUCACCAAUAAAGUUCACAUUAACGGAAGCCGGACUCCCAUCCAUCGAGGAAAGAGUUAUAUAUACUUCACAAAAGCUUAUUCAAAAACUACUAUUAUGUAAAAAUAAGCUUUUAUAUGAUAUAGUAAAAGCCAAAUGGACCGACGAUACUAACUCCACUAUUUCUAAAUGCAUUAAAUUAGCUAAGGAUUUAGGUAUUACAACUAUACCGGAGGAAAAGUCUAUUUCUUUUGCCCCAUCAUGGCUACUCAAAGAAUCUUCGUUCGAUCUACAUCUUCAAAAACAUCAUAAAAAGAACACCAAUUCCAGGGUUUAUCAAAGUUUGUUCAAAGAGCGCAUUGUGCAACACUACGUAGAUUGGAAACUCAUUUUUACUGACGCUUCGAAGGCCGACUUCUACACGUCUUUUGCUAUUGUUGAUAACGUUGGAAAGACAUUAAAAGCUGGACACCUACCCAAUUACAGCUCAGUAUACACCGCAGAAGCAGCAGCCAUCUAUAAUGCGCUAUCCCUAGUACAAAACUCUAACUUAAAAACAUUAAUAUGUACUGAUAGCAAGUCUACUAUCUCAGCUCUCCUAAAUGCAUCCAACAAAUCCUACCUCAUUGCGCAAAUUAGAAACAUACUAAUUGGGAACACAAGAAUAAAAAUUAUGUGGAUCCCUGGACAUGCCGGUAUUACCGGAAAUGAAUGGGUCGAUGUAAACGCCAAAUUGGCGGCAAAACAGCCAUCUGCAACCAAGAAGGGAAAAAACCUGCAUAUCCGCCAACAGGCCAUUGCCAAGAUAUAAAAGCCUUCGUUCGCCUUCGUCUUGGUCACACGUCAUUAACGCAUUCCCAUUUAUUAAAUGGAAACCGUAUUUCAACCUGCCUAUACUGUAACUCGUCGUCCUUAACCAUAACACAUCUACUGGAUGAAUGCCCUUCAACUCAGCAAGGACCAGUAUAUUUCAGAAUAAUAAAGCUCUUGAUCUAUUAAAAAUAACAUCUAUUGUAAACAUCACUAAAAUAUCUGAAUUCCUAUCUCAUACAAAGUUAAAAAAAUAUAUUUAAGUUAUCCUUCCUUUUUAAAUUUAUUUAUAACAUAUAAUUUUUAGUCUAUAAAAACAUAUUGCUUGUAAAUAUUUCCUACAUGGAAGGUUCCAUCUCUGUUACUUAAGUCUUUUAUAAUUAAGCCGUGAGCUGAAAGCCUCUGUAGCUAGUGCUCCUUAUGUUUAAUGUA